AUGAUGGGGGUGCGCAGCUCAUGCGCAGUGUUGGCGAUGAAGGCACUCUUGUUGCGCUCCGCCGCCUGCGUUCUCUCCUUCAGCACCUCCACUGCUGCCACUUUCUCCCGCACGCCCCGCGUGUUGCAUGCCACAGUCACUCCAAUAGCGGCCAGCAGCGCCGCCACCACCAUGAUCACCACUGCCAGCAGCACGGCCGUCCAGCUGUGGACCGAAGAGGAGGAGGAGGAGAGGGACGGGGAGGAGGAGGAGGAGGAGGAGGAGGAGGAGGAGGAGGAGGAGGAGGAGGAGGAGGAGGAGGAGGAGGAGGAGGAGGAGGAGGAGGUGGAGGAGGAGGAGGAGGAGGAGGAGGAGGAGGAGGAGGAGGAGGAGGAGGAGGAGGAGGAGGAGGAGGAGGAGGAGGAGGAGGAGGAGGAGGAGGAGGGGGGGGGGAGAGAGGAGAAGGCGAGGCGAUCACUGGAGGUGACAUCGUAG